AUGUUUUUAAGGCACCGACACAUCACUGCGACUGCGCUCUACUCCACACAAUGCACGCAUAAGUUACGUGUCGACGCCCCCACCCCCUCACAAAAUGUCAAGUACUCGGAUAAGCCAAACAAGGGGUCACCGCCAGCCAUAGGUACCUCCCGGAGCCCACCGGACGCCGCGCACAGUCCUCCUGUAAUGGAGGAUCAGCUGAAGACACCGCCCGACAAACCGAUGGACUGUUUCAUAGCCAUCGAGAAGCUGUCGCUGGACCAGACGUGCCGUAAAUACAACAUUGAUUACCAGUUACUGAAGAAGGACUACGACCUCUACGACGACAAACAGAUCCUGAAGAAUGAUAAGCAGAGUCUCAGGAAUAGCCAGAAGAAUGCCAGUCGACGGGCAGUGGAUGUCAGCGUCACACGCGAUGAUGACAUGUCCGGCCAGACGGUUGACGGACACGCUGACGAUGAUCUGGAGGACUACUACGAGAGCGAGCACUGGGAGGACCUGAACGACACGUCCGCUAAUUAUAUUCUACGUGAGAGGACCUCUAAACGCAAGAAAAGUAGCAAAAAGUUCGACAGUAAGGGCCGGCCCUCCAAGAAAGCCAAGACUAGCCCUAAUGCGACCAAAACUAGUGAUCCCCUCACGAGUCAACAGUUGGCGAUCAAUAGUAGUCAACGCAAACCCAAUGCUAAACAAACCAAAAACGGCACCAAUAAGUCGACCAAAAACGGUGGCAACGGAUUUGAAAAUGAAUUUUCAGUGUUUUGUUCUGCAAGUCAAACGGCAUCCCCACCCCUGUCCAGGAAUGGCAGUGCCGGUGCCUCCACCUCAACGCCUGUGCACCACAAGCCCAUGCGUUCCAAGCCUUACCACAGCUACAGUAGUCCCAAAACUAGUCUAAAUAAAGUGGUUAAGAAUAAGCAUAAAAGGCUGAAAAAGGAUCGCUUUCCCGAUGACCACAUCAUCAACUUCUUGGGCGAGCGAUUCCGGGCCAACGAUUUGCUGUACAAACACUGCAUGUGUGAGAACGACUGCGAGGCCGACGAGUUGUCGCUCGCCUUUUAUCUCAUGUGUAAUGUGCCGGACAAUGAACUGCCCCGACAUCUGGACAUUGCGGUCAACGGCGGCGACACUGAGCUGUUGAGCGAGUCGGACGAUCCCGACCUCACGGGACCCGAAAGUGAUCCUAAUUUAAGCAACUUUUUGCCCAAUGAAGAGGAUAUCUAUAAGCAAACAUUUGUCGACGACUUUAUUAAUAGUGGUGUCGAUGAGUUCCUCAAGAAAUCUUCGCUCAUACCGUCAGCAACGGUCACAUCAGCGGUCGGAGCGCCACUCAUAGACCCAUCGAUGCCCUCGACAUUAGAAAUCGACUUUUACUAUAUUUGCGAUGAUUUUAUGCCAGACGACUACUACUACUACUCCCAUUCAUGUAAUGAUAUGUUGGACACAAAUGUCGCGAGUCUUGAGCUAAUAUUUGUGAUUAUGCAAUUAUGCGUUUCCUUUGACUGGGAAUCGUGUUUACGAAUCGAUGAGAUGUUUGUUAUGUUUGUUAUGUUGUGUGAGAUAUGUUGGACACAAAUGUCGCGAGAGCUAAAGUCCCAAAAUAAAGGCACUCGUAUGCGACACAAGCUGCCGGCCCUGAACCCAAACCUAUCGAUAAACAUAAGCGACUCAAACAAUAAUAGUAUCGAGAAAUCCGCACAAAAAGUGAUGUCCAAUACGUCGGGCAGUGAGUCGUUGUCGUCGCCGGAAGAGGACGGGUAUGAAGAGGAUGAGUGCGACCACCAGUCGGCCCGCGACGACCCCAAGAGGGAUGAGUUGCGCAAACAGUUUUGCGAUGUCUUGAACUGGACGUCCCCAUCGGCUCUGUCCACGUGCUCCAUGAGCUCGUCGUCCGUGUGCUGCUCACCCGCGUCCACGCGUAUGUCCUCCCCGUCGCCCACGUGUAUGACCCCAACGGGCGGCCUCUGCAGUGGUAACGGACAGCACUCGCCCUCCACGUUGUCGUCCAUACGGGAGGCGGUGUCCCACUUGACC